AUGGAUUACGGUACUCGACCACAACGAAUAUCUUGUCAAUAUGGUUACAUUAGUACAAUACCUGGCAUAUUGAAAGCAAUUGAAUUUAUUUGUGAUGCAGCUGCAUUAAUAUUGGGUGCAGUAGCACCAACUAUAACUUUUACUGGUCAUAAAGGUUUUUUUACAUUUGUUGCUGCAUUAGCAAUUAUUAUAACAACAAUUCUUUUUCUAUUGGCUCUUAUAAAUAUACAAGCUGUUUGUAUACCAGAUCGUUGGCUUGUUAUUGAAAUGUCCUGGUGUGCAUUGAUUGCUUUACUUUUUUUUAUUGCAAGCAUUGUUGUUGCAUCAGUUGCAAAAUAUAAUGGUGUUUAUGGAGCUGCAGCGUUCUUUGGUUUUGCAGCUUUUAUUACCUAUGUAGCUGAUGCAAUUAAUCGUUUUCGAUUACUUCGAGCUGGUCCACGUAGCCGACAUACAGAAACAUAUACAUCAAAUACAACAACAACCACAACAAACGUUACUCGUCAACAACCAACUUUUUAA